UAUUCCACUUAAACUCAAAUCAGAAGCGUCUGUAACCGCAAAAUACCUAUGCAUUGUUCGCCCUGGGUUCUAUUAGUAAUAUUAGUAACUACGACCAAAGAUGAUGUGCUGUAAAAUAUUCCUAGUGUUUUUCAUAAUAGUUUUAGUGUCAAGAACUAUUUGUGCAUUCUCUAUGAUUCUCGGUCCAGGGGACAACAAGACGGCCAAGUGUUUGGAAAGAAAGUGCAUCCCAAAAUGCUGUGAAAUUGGAAAAUAUCUAAACUUAUCCCUUAAUGAGUGUUAUGACUACGGCCAAGACUAUGACUUUCAGAAUGUACCAGUUUAUGAUGCGUUCACGUCGAAUACCCUUGUUCUUAAUCAGCUAAAAAACGCCACUAUGGGUGACAUAUUUUACCUGGUGCCUGGAAAAAUGUACGAAGUAAUACCGGCAAAUAAUUUGACUUUCGUCGAGAAUUUUCCUUUUAGAUCAGAACUUUAUGGAUUAAUAUCAUAUUUGACUGAGACCGGUGAAAUGUACAUGGAGUUUCCGAACGCUUACAGCCGAUGGACUCGAGUGGAAGACUUCUGCGUUGACUACGUGGUCACCGAUGAGACCACGGGAGACGUGGAAGUCUACAAUUUACUGGUAAUGGCCUCCACAGAAGAAGUCGGCGUACAGAGCUACUAUUAUUACUAUUUGAUAACAUCUUGUGUGUUCCUGAUUUUGGUACUGCUCGUCUACAUGAUACUGCCUGAGCUGAGGAACCUUGGCGGCAUGAUACUUAUGGCGUACACUAGUAGCUUGCUUAUGGGCUUCAUUCUACUGGCGGUCAUGCAGAGCGGCGAUAUUGUCAAAUGUAUCGAAUUAACCGCCUCCAUAUACUUCUUUCUGUUGGCAACUUUCUGCUGGAUGAGUGUUAUGUCUGUUGACAUUUGGUGGACUUUCCGUGGGUACGCAAAAGCAAGGCCUAUCCAUAGAAGGGGAGAAAGCUUUAAGUUUUGCAUGUACUGCCUGUAUGGAUGGGGGCUGCCUGGUGUAAUGACUAUCGGAUUGGUAGUCGUCAAUGAAGCUGAUUUGUCUCAUAUGCCUUGGAUCAUCAAGCCUCUGAUACCCAAGGGAGGGUGUUUCCUUCAAGAGGGGCAGAAGUUGGUGUACCUCUACAUACCGCUGCUGUUUCUGAUCCUGAGCAACUGGUUGUUCUUCCUGAUGACUGCCUACAACAUAAGACGACUGAUGCGUGGGACUGCUGUGUUGAACACAGCCGCUGCGGGCAACCCAGCCGCUCACCAACAGCAGAGAAACAGACUUAUGGUAUACCUGAAGCUAUCUGUGAUAAUGGGCAUCAAUUGGCUGUUAGAGGUUGUGAGCUUCUUCACGCCGAAGCUCAGGGUUUGGGAGGUCUCCGACACAUACAAUCUGCUGAUUGGAUUCGCGAUAUUUCUCAUCUUCGUCUGCAAAAAGAAGAUAUACAAGAAACUAGUGGCAAGGUUUUAUGAGCUACGCAGCAGCUGGUUUGGUGGAAAACGUCCAACGCGGACCUUGACUAAAAGCAGUACAAGUAGCAGCACCUUGGAGUCUAAUCUUAGCCAAGAUAUACCGCUGCAAGUGUCUAACAACCCAAUGCCUGAGGAUAAACGAGGAAGAAAGAACUGUAAUGUCUUCAGCUUCAAUAGAACGAAUUAUAAAAUCAACACGGAUUUGAAGUAAUAUUUUUAAGAGCGUUAAUUUUAUCAAAGAGAAGGCUUUCAAGGGUUGAGGCACACCGAACGAAUUUCAAUUUACUUGGCAUAACAGCUCACAUCCACCCCGUUUGUAUGAAUCACCCGUAACAUUAUGUCGUGACUCGUGACUCAUGCAAAAUGCACAACUAACUACACCAAAGCGGCAAAAUUUUUGCUAAAAUUAUGAAAAAUGUGGGUUAUAAAAAAAUCAAUUCAAGCAAUUCAGUAUCAUCUGCUUUAACGGUGAAAGAAAAUAUCGUGAGAAAACCUGCAUGCUUGAGAAUUCUCCACAAUGAUCUCAAAGGUGUGUGAAGUCAAUCUGCACUGGGCCAGCGUAGCAUGGUGGACUUUGGCCAAACUUCUGAUCGACUUAUGCUCUCAAUCUGAAAGGAGAGACCCGUGCUUAUUAGUGGGCCGGCAAUGGGCUGAUCAUGAUGGUAUCUGAUAGGUAGGUACCUACCCGUUAAUUUUAUGAGGCUUUAUUAGUAUGUUAUUAUAAUGUAAUUAAGUUAAAGUAAUUAAGUAGACCUAAUCUUAAGUAUCAAUUAAACUGAGUAAGUAUGAGUAAAAUUUUUUAAGUAUAAGAAGGUUAAAAUAAGUAGGUAAAUUUUAGAAUGUUUGUACUACUUGUUAGAAGUAUUUCUAAGUAGGUACUUAUAAUAAUUGACCAAUGAUUCUGCCAAAGAUAUUUUUGUAAGGAUACAACUGCAUUUAUAAUUUUUAAUAAAUUUAAAGUAUCACAUAA